AUGGCUUGUGACAAUCCACCAAUCGAUAACAAGGCCUUGGCGGAGACUAUCGACGAGACGCAGCAAAUUCCGGAGAAAGACCUUAUCUCGCUACUCGACGAUGUCGCCGACCGAUUCCCGCAUCACGAUGCGAUUCUUUCCCUGCACCAGACGGACAAUCUCGAGUUAGGGGGGACUGGAUCUCCUCCGAAGCAGACCCGAUGGACAUAUUCGCAGCUGCGGAAGGGGAGUAUCCGGCUGGCGGCACACUUGGCUGCCAAAGGGAUGCGCCACGGAAGUCGCAUCGUCGCGGUGUUCUUCAACGAGGCCGAAUGGGCGCUUCUCUUUUGGGCGACGGUGCGGCUCGGAUGUCAGUUUGUGCCGCUCGACCCUCGCGUCCUGGAUCACAAAAAGGAUGCGCUACACGUUCUGAACAAGGUGCAGCCGGCGGCUGUCUUUGUAUCCAACUCUACGAUGGCGGAGCGGGUUGAUGGGAUCGUGGAAGACAUGGAACAUCGACCCUCUUUCAAGUGCGUUGCUUCGGCGAUCGAUGACGUGAAUACUGGUCAGGGAUGGACGACGAUGUUGAAGGCCCUCAGCGACACGACGGAUGGAGCGCUCCCGGCUGAUACAGUUGGGCUGAACGAUAUUGUUCUUAUCCUCUUCACGAGCGGAACCACAUCACGACCCAAGGGGUGUCCGCACAGUGCGAUCACAAUUGGAUCGCCCGCCUUGAUGGUGAUCGACCAAUUUGGGUUGGAUCCAGACCACAGCCUCUGCCAGCACCUACCGUCCUUCCAUAUCUUCAACAUCUUCCUCAGUCUUGGCUUUUGGCUGAGCGGUGCGACGGUCGUGCUGCCGAGCGCGUCAUUCGACCCGGCCAGCUGCUUCCGAGCCUUCGCGACCAGCCCCAAAAUGCAUGUCCCGUGCGUCCCGUCGAUGGUACAGGCGCUGACAACCUACGCGUCCUCGACUGAUAAAAUGGCCACCUCCUCUCCCUUCUCCAUUCUUCUAGGCGGCGCCCCUCUUACGCCGGACAUCCUGGAACUCAGCCGCACCCUACGAGCAAAGAAGAUCACAGUUGGAUAUGGGACAACAGAAGGCGUUGGGACAGCGAUGAAUGUGAUGGACGCCAACAGUCUCGAUGUUGUCGACGAGGAGGUCUGCCUUGGGACAGUGAAAUCAGGCGCCCGGCUGCGGUUCUGCCAGCCGGGCAGCCGCUUGCCGAUAUCGAGGGGACAGAUUGGUGAGGUGCACCAGGGAGGCCUCCCGGUGUUUUCGGGGUACCUGGAUGGAAGCCCGGAGGAACUAGCCAUGUGCUAUCAGGAAGAAGGGGUCAACUGGUGGGCCUCCGGGGACCGGGGGUAUCUGGAUGAGGAGGGUCGCCUUUUUCUCCUUGGAAGGUACAAGGACCUGAUCAUCCGCGGGGGCGAGAAUAUCUCUCCUGUGAAGAUCGAGAAUUGUCUUGGGAGGAUGACUGGAGUUCACAGUGCCUAUGUGGUUGGCGUUGCUGACACUGUUGCCGGCGAGGUACCGGUGGCGGUCAUUACAAGAGACAGCCAGAAACAGGUAGCUACCAGCGACCUUCAGGCUGCUGUACUCGCAGAGCUUGGUCGAUCAUUCUCGCCCACAGUGAUAUUAGAUUUGCACAAGGAUCUCGGGAGAGAGGAAUUUCCGACGACGACCUCCGGGAAGAUACAGAAGCCCAGUCUCCGCCAAUGGGUCACGGACUACUUGGAGCAGCACCGCAGGAUCGAGCAGUCGUCCCACGACGUUCUCACCGAGCUCCUUGAAUGCUGGUCUGCUGUGACAGGUCUGGCGCGGGAGGCGAUCGACCCUGAUGCUAGCAUUAAGACUUUUGCGGACAGUAUGAUGAUCAUCCAGUUCUUCAACAUGGCCAGCCGGAAACUUCCCCGAUAUGCCAAUAGCACGCUCACGAUAUCCGACACCGUCCGCCAGCAGGCCGAAAUGCUACAGCGGAAGAAGCCAGAGCCGACCGAGGUCAUUGUCGGCAGUAAAUGUCCCGACCAUGAGGCCGAGCCCCUCGACCAACUCCGGGCCGAAGAGGUAACGACCUCUAGAUUGGCACCGCUCGGCUUUGGAUGGAACGACGUCGAGGAACUCAUCCCCAUGACAGACUACUUCAGUCAUUUUGCCCGGAUCCCAGUCAGACCAUACCAUUGGAACCCACGCAUCGCCCUGGUGGUGGACUCGUCCAUCAGCGAGGCGGAGCUGAAACAAGCUCUCUAUCAGUGGCUGGAGCGACACCCCCUCUUUCGUGCAACGACUGUCACUUACGACGACGACUUGGACCUGUACGUAGUGAUGAGCCCGAGCUCCGGCUGGUUGGAAAUGCAAGUGACCGACGGCUCCGCCGUCGACAACGUCGCUGCGCUCAAGACUUAUCGCCUGAACGACGCCUCCUGGGACUGGCUCUCUCGGACUGGACCUCUUUUGAAAGCCACUCUCGUCCCCCUUCGCGAUCCUCCGGGCGCAACUGGAAUCGUCCUCCACGUCCACCACAUCAUGUUCGACUACCACAAGAUCCACCGUGCCCUCCAAGACCUAAGGGACCUCGUCAGUAAUCUCAGCAACAACAGCAACGCCCCCCUGCGACCCUUCCACCACUACCGCUCUUUCGCCCGCAGCUAUAGAGCUUACCGCAGCAGCUCAGCCGCAACGGAAGACGUCAACUUCCACGUGCGCCGCCUACGCGAGAUCUCCAAAGACCCAGCAGCCAUCUGGCCUCCCCUGCGCCAGGACAGCGACCUCCUCCCGCUAGACCCCUCCAAGCGGCGCGCGUUCGAUACCGUCAGCCGAUCGGCCCCCUCCCCGAGAUAG